GUUAGCAGUGCUUUAAUUAUGGAUCGUCGUAAUAAUCGGGGUAGAAGGCGCCGUUUAAUUCCUGCGAUUCGUCAUGGAAAACUGGAAACAGCAAGGGAGUUAAUAAAUUCUUACGAGCUGCCAUGUUCAGAAUCAUCGCCAAAAGGAUAUGAUUUACUUUGUGAUGCUCUUGAUAAUAAGCAUUCGGAGGUGGCUAAAUUACUUUUAACAAGCGGCACUGCAGUCAACAGUAAAGAAAACAACUAUCAAAGCACUUCUGAGACUCCCCUUCAUUUUGCUGUUAUGAAUGGUGAUAUAGAAAUUAUGAAGAUGCUUCUAGUCAGACGUGCUAAUAUUAAUGCUCAAAAUAUCUAUGGCCAAACUCCACUCCAUAAAGCGAUUGAAAAGAAUGAUCGAGUAGAAAUUAUCGAAUUACUUUUAAAACAUGAAGCUGAUGUUAAUGUUAAAGAUCGUAAUGAUCAAACUCCACUUUAUGUUUCGAUUAAAAAUAAUCGAUUAGAAAUUAUUGAAUUACUUUUAAAACAUAAUGCUGAUGUUAAUGUUGAAGACGAAGACAGAAACACCCCACUAUUUUAUGCUAUUCAAAAUCCAAAUUUAAAAAUUACCAAGCUACUUUUAGAUAAUGGAGCAAAUGUUAAAGAUUAUCCCGAGCUAUUGAAUAUUGCUGUUAAGAGGGGAUGCACGGAAAUCGUUGAACUUCUUUUGCAACAUAAUGCUGAUGUUAACGCUACCGAUGAAAACGGUUACACAGCAUUGCUUUCAACUUUAAGUGAUUUUUAUCAAGAUUUUUGUAAAUUACGUCCUGAUAGAGAUUCUUAUGUUAAUAAUAUAAAGAGGAAAAUUACUAAAUUGCUUCUUAAUCAUGGUGCUAAUGUAGACGCUGAAACUCGAGGUGGUUGGACGGCACUUCAUUUUGCUGUCUACAAUGGAUAUUCACAAGUUGUUGAAGUUCUUUUAGAAUAUAAUGCAAAUGUCAAUGUUAGAGAAAAAAAAAAUCUCGAGACACCACUCCAUAUGUCUGCACGAAGAAAAAAUGUAGAAAUUUGUGAAAUGCUUUUGAAUAAAGGAGAUGACGUAGAUGCUGGGGAACGGAAUGGAUUGACAGCGUUGCACAUUGCAACACUAGAAGGUUCCAACGAGAUUGUAAAACUAUUGCUUGAACGUGGUGCCGAAGUUGAUUCUAAAACUAAAUAUAAUAUUACACCCCUGUAUUUGAGUGCUCAAAGAGGUCAACAGGAAAUCAUUGAAACUCUCUUGAAAUUUGGUGCUGAUAUUAAUUGUAGAAAUAUGGAUGGCAAUAGAGCACUCCACAUUGCAUCUCAAUUUGGGCAUGUUAAAGUUGUCACAACUCUCCUGGAGUAUGGCUGUGAUAUUAAUUCUAGAGAUAUAGAUGGCAGAACAGCACUCCACAUUGCAUCUCACUUGGGGCAUAAUGAAGUUGUUACAACUCUCUUGGAGUAUGGCUGUGAUAUUAAUUCUAGAGACAAGGUUGGCAAUAUAGCACUCCACAUCGCUUCUCACCAAGGGCAUAAUGAAAUUGUUACAACUCUCUUGGAGUAUGGAUCUGAUAUCAAUAUUAUGACUUACAACAAUCUUACACCUCUUGAUUAUGCUAAAACUGCUGAAAAAGCUAAAACUAUUGAAAUUCUUAAACGCCACAUAGUUCAAAUGAAAACCGCCAAUUUAUAUGUUAGUCAACAAAAUUUGCGUUCAGUUGAUGAAAUUUCCUUUCCUGAUUUUCAGGAAAAAUGUGAGAAUGAAAUAACAAGCAUUAAGAGCGAGAAGAUGAAUAAUUAUAAUAUUUCAUUUUAUGAUAUCUUGACAAAGAACACUGACUCAUUAGCAAUAUGUUUAAUUGUUUUAUUUAUGAUAAUCUUUUUUCAUGUAAAUUAACAUUUAUCGAGUUAAUUAACCUCUUUCAUAAAAUUCUAGGGGAUAACCUUUACGAAAGUAUUGCUAGGAGUGAAAAUUAAAGUUUUACGGGGACAUACAGUCGCUACUUAGUAUUAACAUUCCAAUGUACUUCGAUUAACGUAAACCUUGAUGGCUUAAAAUUACAGAUGUAAAAUCCACUAAUUUGUUUUGU